AAGCGAGCGGCUUGACUAGGUAAAUAAGAGAUCUCUGCAAAUUUUAGCCGAGGCCCCCUUUCGAUCCAAUAUAGCUAGCUAUGUCUACAACCGGUAAAUUGCCCGCGACCUAUGUGAAGGGCUUUCAUGAUGAGGCGCAGGUGCGACGCAUGGAGUACCGGAUAUUUGGAAAAACCGGUCUGGAGGUCUCUAAGAUUUCGUUUGGAGGCGGCGCGUUGUGCGCCAAUUAUGGCUUCGAUUUCGAAGAGGGCAUUAAAACAGUGCACCAGGCGUUGAAAUCUGGCAUUAACUACAUCGAUACUGCUCCCUGGUACGGUCAAGGGCGUUCCGAAGAGGUGCUCGGACAUGCCUUGAAAGACGUGCCCCGGGAAUCCUACUAUAUAGCCACAAAAGUGGCUCGCUACGAGCUGGACUACGAGCAUAUGUUUGAUUUUAGUGCCAAAAAGACGCGAGAGAGUGUGGAGAAGAGUUUGAAACUAUUGGGCUUGGACUAUGUGGAUGUGAUACAAAUACACGAUAUAGAGUUUGCAAAAGAUCUUGAUAUAGUGCUGAAUGAAACGCUGCCCACAUUGGAGCAAUUGGUGAAGGAGGGCAAGGCCAAGUACAUUGGAGUGACGGGCUAUCCCUUAUCGGUGCUAAAGGAGUGUAUAACGCGUGCCGAGGGUCGCUUCGAUGCCGUUCUCUGCUAUGCCCGCUAUACCCUCACUGAUGAUACUCUGCUGGAAUAUCUGGACUAUUUCAAGUCCCAGGAAUUGGGCAUUGUCUGCGCUGCUGCCCAUGCCUUGCGUCUCCUCACGAACGCCGGCCCGCCAGCCUGGCAUCCGGCCAGCGAUGAGCAGAAACAGUUGGUCCGAAAGGCAGCCAAUGUCUGUAGAGAUCGCGAGGUGGAACUCGGAAAAUUGGCAAUGCACUUUGCAAUGCAAUUGGACGGUGUUAGCACAUUUUUGACCGGCAUGCAGACCCGGGAGUGGCUCGAACUGAAUUUGGAUGCAUUUCACAAUGGGCUCAGUGGAAAGGAGCAGGAAGUGUUGCAGUAUUUGCGCGAAAACAUCUUUACGAAGCCUUUCAAUUGGGAGGGCAAUGAACUGAAGCGUUACUGGGCAGCUCUCAAAAGGACAUAAGCCUUGGGAAGAAUAAACCAACAAAUGCAAAUUGUCAUUUCUAUAUUAUUUUGGGAGAAAAAGAAAGAAAGAGCAAUCAAGUAUCAGUUUGCCAUUUGUGUUUAUUCUUUGCCUUAUUCGAGUGAAAAAUAAACACGAAACCCUGACAAAUCAACUCAAUAUUUAUCUAUAACUGAUACCUCUAAUCGAGCAAUUGAUUCUUUGAACAAUCGGAAAGUUACAAAUCAAAAUAAAAACAUUUGCUUAUGCACACACACACACACA